AUGACCACGGUGAAAGUCGAAACCUUCCACUCAAAGACAAACCCAAACCGAACAGUAUCCUACGUCCAUCUCAACCAAGAUGCCCCGCACACCCUGCUGUACUGCUACGGUGCAGGUGAUGAUUCUCGCCGCAUGGGCCAAUUCGCCCUAUUCCUAGAGGCCCAUCCGGACUUGUCCCUGCUCUGCAUUGACCGAUGGGUCCAAGGCAAAGACGCCGCCCGCGCGGGACCUGCAAUCUUCACCGAUCUCAGUACUAUCACCUUGGAACUUCUGGACAGCCUCAACAUCGGCCAUUUCAGCAUUGCCGCACACUCGGCGGGUGCCUAUCAGAUGUUUGAUCUGGCUCGGUGUGCCCCACCGGGUAGAGUGGAGCAUGUCUUUCCAAUGUGUACCCAUAUCCCCGCGGCUUACACGGGAUCCAGGAUUAUGCAGUCCAUGUGUACGAUGCCGGAGUAUAUGUUCAAGUUUGUCACCAAGUUGGAUUCGGGGGCGGCUCCGAAAUGGUUGGAAGAUGUGGUUGUUGGUUUUAUGGCGAAGAAGGCGGGCGAUGGGAAAGGUGAUGAUGAGAUUUUUGUGAUCUCGAACGAAAAAAAGAAGGUGGUGCUGGAGCAGAUCAAGAAUGAUUUGCCGGAUGAUGUUCGGAAAGAGAGGGGUGGAUCUUGA